AUGCUCAGGGCUUCCGAAGCCGCCGACGGCUCCUUUCAGAACGACGAGGACUCAUUCUUUGUCCCAUCAUACCUUGAGGGCUCAACAUAUGUGCAAAAGCUCCGUGAGGCGCAUAGGUCCAAGCUCCAAACCCGCGACUCCAACCGAACCUCAACCAACGGCUUCUCCCAGAAUCUGACCACUUUUAACACCCAACAUCCUCUGCCGCCGGGCUCGUACCGAGGCAUGGCGCAUACUGUUAUCGAACGCCCUCCCGUCUUUGACGAGGAUGACUCGCUGGCCCCACUACCAUCCAGAUGGAACAAGGACGAUCAAUGGGGAGGCAUCGAGAUUCAAGCCGACGGUCUAAGCAUCAAGUAUGUCGGGCCUAAGAACCAGCACGACCGCGAUCAUGAGGCAUGUGCCGCUCGCGCCGAUCACUACAUGCCUGCCCAAUGCGGAGUGUACUACUUUGAGGUUCAGAUACUGGCUGCUAUACGAGACGAUGCGACUAUAGGGAUAGGAUUCUCUACCAAGACUGCGACAUUAUCACGACCAGUUGGCUGGGAACCCGAGGCUUGGGGCUACCACGGUGAUGAUGGUCGAUGUUUCACUGGCCAAAACAUUGGACGGCAUUUUGGCCCUCUAUACAACACAAACGACGUUAUUGGAUGUGGCGUCAAUUUCAGGGACAAUACCGCUUUCUUCACCAAGAAUGGGGUCAAGAUUGGGACUGCAUUUCACGAUGUUAUCCGAGGAAAGCUCUAUCCUACCGUUAGCCUAAAGAAGCCUGGCGAGUUCAUUCGAGCCAAUUUUGGACAAACCCCUUUCGUGUACAACAUUGACGACCUUAUGAGGGAAGAGCGCGAAAAGGUGCAAAAGGAUAUCCAGAGCACCGACACAUCGAGUCUCGUACAAGGAAUGAGUGAGACCGAUGUCAUCCAGGCUCUGGUUCUACAAUUCCUGCAGCAUGAUGGCUACGUGGAGACAGCCCGUGCCUUUGCUGAAGAUAUGAAGGUUCAAAAGGAAGCUCUCAGUCUUGACCCAGGACUUAAAGUGGAUGGUGUCAAUAUCCGAGAUGACGAAGAUGCCAACAACCGACAACGCAUACGGAGAGCUAUCCUGGAGGGAGAUAUUGACAGGGCGCUCAAGUACACCAACGCAUACUACCCUCAUGUGUUAGAAGACAACGAGCACGUUUACUUUAGGCUACGAUGCCGUCGGUUCAUUGAGCUGGUGCGAAAAGCCGCUCAGCUCAACAUGCUAAAUGAGACUAAGAGCAGCAAUGGGCAUGGCUCUAACGCAGCACCCCAAUCGAUGGACAUUGAUCUUAACGGAAGCGACACCGCCGCAUGGGAAGCUGAUGGUGGUGAAAACGCAGCUGAGCUUGCUGAACUUGAGCGUAGCAUGCUCGAGUAUGGCCAGAAGUUGCAGGAAGAAUAUGCCAACGAUCCACGGAAAGAAGUGAGCAAGGCGCUGAAUGAGAUUUGGGCACUGGUGGCAUACCAGAAUCCUCUGAAAGAACCGCAAGUCAGUCAUCUUUUGGACAGAAGAGGGCGAGUGGCUGUUGCUGAGGAGCUCAACUCGGCCAUUCUAUUAUCCCUCGGCAAGUCGUCCCGAGCAGCGCUGGAGAAGCUCUAUGCACAGACGAGCGUUCUACUGGAGGAUCUUCGUCAGGAUGGAGGUGAGGGGGCUUUUGUGUCUGUUGACGAUGCCUGGGACGGGAUCCCUCGAUCGACACAUCUCUGAGCAUGUCAAUGGGGUUAGCUCACCGUCACUUUUUCUCUCUGCCAUAUUGUGGGUUCUUCGCAUAGGUCGGCCUCGGAUCAUACCUCGGCGUUUGAAAUGUUGUUGCAGCAAGGAGUUGUUCUCUCGUAUCAUCACAUGCAGGCAACUCUGCUUCUAUCGAUAAUGGGUCCACGGCAUGCGAUAUCAGUCGUCCAGGAGCCAGUCAUGGCAGCUUGGUGCAUGCCAUUGUUUCUUUGCUUCUAUCUGGAUCCAUGCAAACGGUUCUCCACUAUACUUCUUGGCACGUUGUGAUUUAUGCCGGCAUUGUUUUGGGUGGAGGGUCGUGGGCUGAUGGUGAUGCUACGUAUAGACGCGGUCAAGGGGCGGUCACAGCGGGUUUCAAGGGACUUUGUUUGGAGGCAAAGGACAACUCCCCUCUUUCACAUGGAUGAAGAUGAGAUUGGGAGCGGAUUCGAUUGCAAAGUGGCCAGCGAAUAGAUGAGAUAUUGAAUUUG